AUGAUGAUCACUGGAUGGGAGAACAACCUAGCCCUAAAGGAGAAGAAGAACACUUGGAAUAAAAGUGACUCACCCUUGGUAGAUUUUAUUAUUUCUCAUAAGUUUCCCACGAAGUUCAAAUACCCAUCGAACAUGGAAUCUUAUUAUGGUAUAGGGUGCCCCAAGAGUCACAUCCACAAAUUUCAUGCAGUGAUGUACGUCCAGACUAACUUGGAUCAUGUGUUGUGGAAGUUGUACCCAACCACUUUGAAAGGCCUGGCUCAAGAAUGCCCGGUUUAUGGCAUGCAUUCCCUAGAGGAAGUUGUCAAUAGACUUGCUGGCCGUCAUGCAAAGGGAUGGAGAAAAUACAUCGAGAGAUUCAACAAGGAGGCGAUGCAGAUAGAAGAUCUGAGCCAAGAAAUUGCUUAUACGGCGAUGCUAAACGGAACCACAAACUCUAACCUUGGAAAAGAGUCACUGGCAAAGUCUCCAAAGUCGUUUACCGCACUGAUGAUCAUUGCGCACACGCAAAUCCAGACAAAGGAAGGCUCCUCCUCGGAUCGAAGGAAUGGAGAAUGGAUGAAUGAAAGACCAUCCUCUGAAAGAAGAUAUGAACAAAAUUCGAAUGACAGGUUUAAGGGUAAACGGAAGAAAGACGAAGAGAGGCCUUACACUCCCCUGAACACGAGAAGAAGCAACGUGCUAUUCUGGGUGAAAGACAACCGAGAGAAGGUCAGGUGGCCCGAAAAGAUGAAUGCGGCCACAACGAACAAAAGCGAUAACAACAAGUACUGUGAGUUCCACAGAAAUAACGGACACACUACAAAUGAAUGCUGGCACCUGAAAGAAGAAAUAGAGAAGCUCAUAGAGAGAGGCGCUCCCUUUCUCAGUUCAUUAAAAGGGAGGCUAAAGAUAAGCAUAACGAAGGUGAGAGAAAAAGGGAGCGUAGCGAAGAUACCCUUAGGAGGCCGAGGGGUGAACCGGUAG